AUGGACUUAUCCCAGCUGCCUGCGAUCCCCGCCACUAAUUCGCUCUUGCUGAUCAACAACUUUGUGGCGAACACGACGCGCUUUUUGAACCACUUUGCGCACGAAUGCGAAGAGCGCGUGACGCGCGUGUCCGACACGGUCACUCGCGUCGAGAUCUUAUUGGCUAUUUUAGAGGCAAAGCUGAACAGCAUCCCCGACCUGACCGUGACCGAUGCAGAAGUGGCAGCCGCAGCUUCCGACGACAUUCGAAAGUUGAACUCGAACCAGAUGGAUUUGGGGAUCUCAGAUCAAGACUUGCCGUCGAUGGAUAGUGUCGCAGCAGCAGCCGCAGCCAAUGACAUGCCGUUGCCGCUUCCCCCACCCCCAGAUGAGCACGUUGACGUUGAAGUGGAUGGAAUGGCACUGCCCCCACCUCCUCCGUCGAUGGACGGACUGGACAUGGCCCUUACCGUGCCUCGCCCGCCUUCUUCACCUGGUGCAUUGUCUGUAAUCGAUGCUCUGCCGCCUCCACCACCGCCGCCGCCGUCGUUGGGCGACUUUGGCACGCCCGACGCCACGGAAAUGCAGAGUGAUGGUCCUUCAAUGUUGAAGUUGAAGGACGACCCUGUCUAUGCCAAGUACUUUACAAUGCGACGACUGGGGAUUCCCGAUUCAGUGAUUGAGCACAAGUUGCUGAUGGACGGAAUGGGUACAGACGUUCUGACGAUGGAUCCAGACGGCCCGUCGCCGAGUGGCGCACUGGCGCCGACACACAGCGCAGAGCCGUCGGGACCGAUUCUGCCCAUCAUGGCGCCCCCGCUACCACCUCCGCCGCCUUCGGCCGAAUCAGAAGCCGCCGAUAGCAGCGACGUGGACGAAGACGACGAUGGUAUGACGGAAUCCGUGCGGUCUCUGUCACCGCCGCCUCCUGCUCCUCCGUCACUAGUGAAACAGCCGCAGCAGACGGACCAGGUACCGUCAGGGAACAUUGGACUGCCGUUCCCGCCUCGUUUGCCGCCAAGUUCUCCUACGCAGUCUGCCGAGCGAUCGUCUACGCUAUUGGGCGGUGCAUUGCCAGCUCCACCGCCGCCGUUGCCGUCGCCUGAAAACGCGCUGGAAGGCUCGAGCGACGACGAUAUCGAAGAGUUUGACGCUGACGAUCGAGCGUCUGGUGCUGGCGACGCUGGCGUGAUGAAAGUCAAGGACGAUCCUGCGUUUGAAAAGUACUUUAAAAUGCGAAAGCUGGGGAUGCCAGACAGCGUGAUCCAGCACAAACUCAUGAUGGACGGCGUUACUGCGGACAUUCUCAACAUGGAUCCGGAAGGACCGUCUCCGAACGCCACGAGUGCAGGUUCGACUGUAUCGAUGGCUACAGUAAGAGACGGUGCUGACCUUCCACUUCCUCCAAUUUUGCCGCCUCCUCUACCACCUGGAGGAUUACCGCCGCCUCCUGCGGGUCGAUACGACGAUUCUGACUCCGAUUUUGACUCUGAUUGA